AUGGUGAAGAAAUUAAGAACAUCAGAAAUGGAUCCCGAAGGUUUUGCAAUUCCUGAGAAGAUGAAAAGUAAUUCUAAUAUAGAUCUAGAUGUGUCAUGUAAAGAAAAUACAAUGAGUAAUGUAAGUAAUUCUAAGACUACAUAUUCAAAAUCCCAGCUUUCAACAAGAUGCCGGCUUUAUAGAGGGAUAAAAUCUGUAGUGGAGAAUACUAGACAAAAAAGUGUACUUAGCACAUCUUUAUUUAUGCAAAUAUAUAAGCAAAUUAGCAACACUUCAAAUUCAGAAUAUAUAACUAAAGUAAAGGAAGUAAUAAAACUAAUUUUGGAAGGAGGUGGGAUACCUAGUUUAUUUGCAGAUAAUAUGAUAUUAAAGGAAGAACAUAUUGAAAAAAGUUUGGAAGAUUUAAUUAUUAAUUUACAAGAAAAUGGAGUGUCAAUUCUACAUUAUUAUCCAUUAAGACCAAAAAAGAAAAAUGACAAUACAUUUCAAGAAUUAUUUGAGUUAUUUUUUAAGGGUUUAGCAGAAUAUUUAUUAAAGAAACCUAUAAAUUCGGGAUUAGAGGAUAGUAAUGAUUUUGGUUAUGAAUCUCUAAGAUUAAUAUUGGAUUGGCUUAAAGGUUUUUGUACUAUUACAUUAAGGCCACUUCGUCAUAGUAGUAUAAUUGCAGUCAAUGGAAUAUUGAAAGGAAUAGGAAAUAUAAAAGGGGAAAUAUUAGAAACUCUCGAAAGGUUCAGACAACAAAAAAAGAAAGAUUCUAAAUCAGCUAAUAGCCUUAAAACUAUUAACAAAGAGAUUAAUAGAUAUGAAUUAGCUAUAGAUAAAAUUAAAGGAAUAUGCGAUGAUAUUGUGAAUAAUAUAUGGAUUGAAAGGAUAAAAGAUGUAGCAGAAUAUAUAAGGCUUGCAUGCAUAUUGACUUUAAAAGAUGUUUUAUUAGAAGACUGCAUGAUUAAUGUUAUUGAAAGAAUUGAUAUUAUGAAUAUACUAAAAAUACUUUUAAAUGAUCAAAGUAUUGAUAACAGGAUUGCGUGCUUUUCAUGUAUCAAGAAGAUAGCAUCAAUGGAUAACUUAAGAAAUAUUUAUAAGAACUAUUUCCGAGAUUUUGAGUUCUUGAAUAGUUUGAAGAAUAUGAUUAUUGCUGCUUCUAAAAAUGAUAUAGAUGAAGAUGAAAUCAAGAUGGGCGAAUAUUCGAUUUCUAUAUUGAAUGAGAUUCUUAUGUGUGGUUUUUUGGAAGAGAAUUUUAUUGACGAAAUCGUUGACUUACUUUGGUUAGAUUUUAAAUCAAAUAAACUAUCUAGUAGCAUAGCUCUAUUCAUUAAUAAUGCUCUUUUUGAUGGUGGUAUUAUCCAUGAAAAUGUAGAAUCUGAAGAAUUUGUAGAGAUCUUGGAAAGUGAAAUAGGAAAGAAACGAAUGAAAAAUUUGAUAAAUAUUGAACCAAUAAGAUCAAUUGAUACUGAUCGUUUAAAGUUAGAUCUAAAUACUUUGCUUGAAUUUCUAAGUGAAUUUGGUAAGGACUAUAUAAUACUGACAAGUAGGUGUGUGAACUCAUUUUGGUCUAAUACACCAUGUAUUAGAGAUACAAAGUUAUUAGUUGAGACUAUUCUUGAAGUUGAGAAUUCUGGAAUACAAGGAGAUAAUAAUUUAAUUACUAAUAUUAACAAGCUAUUGUUACUUGUUUUGCACUCAAAUCUUUCGAGAAUACAAGGAUCUUUAAAUGGGAAACACAAUAAUCCAAAUAUAUACAGCAUAAAUGAUAAUAUUUAUAGGGCUUCUAUUGCAAUAAGAACUGUAUUUCAGUAUAUUGAACCAUUAAUACUAAUACAUGAAGCUAAUUUAGAUAAUCUUACAAUAAUUUUGACAAUUAUAUCUAUUGUUAUAUCCAUGUACUGCACACUAUUGCAAUUAAAAAUAUCCCCAAGUUUAAUACCAUCUAAUUUCAAUUUUCCAUUACAAAAAGUUUUAAAUUUAUAUUUUAGUCAUUCUGACCCCAAAAUUUUAGAUGGAAUAUGCAUGAUUCUAUCACCACUGAGUAAACUGGAGAUAGGAGAUAUGUUAUAUAAUGGAGAAAUACUUAAAGAAAUAAAGUCAAGUGUUAAAAGUAUACAAAAAAAGCUCAUAAAUGAAUUUAUAUCUAUAGGAAAAGGAUAUCUCAAGACAACAGAUGAGUUACUUUAUCUAAAGGAUAUUGAAGAUUUGUCAGAUCCAGAUAAAGAAAAAAAAACAAAGAAUAAAAAAAACUCAAAAGACUAUGAUUUAGUUUUGAAGAAAGCUACUUCUGAGGCUAUUACAUGUUAUAGAAGGAUCUAUGCAAUUAUAAAAUAUAUGGCUAUAGAUAAUAUUUUUCUUUUAAAUAAUUUUGCAGAUAUUUCAUCAUUAAACAACUCAAAUGAGAAUAUGACACCUGAACAAACUAGUGGAAUGCCUCUUAUCUAUGAAAUUUUGUUAGAGAUCUUGGAAAGGACUGAAAGAGUAAUAAGUAGCCAACAAUAUAAUAUAAUAUUAUAUCAGACAUUGCAAUUAUAUAGUGUCAUACUAGAUUUUCUAACAACUGGCUAUACCCAUCUCGUACAAUAUUUAUUACAAGGAGUUGAUGUUGAUAACUCUUCGGAUAUGGAAUUAUUUUUGCAAAAUAAGACUAAAAGUAAUAUUAACAAAUGUAAUUUACUUGAAAACAAUAUUGUACAUUCAUCAACAGCUACAACAUAUAAAAAUCUCCGACACAAGAUGAGUUGUGUUUUAUUGGAAAUACUACGAUUUUCUCAGAACAAAGAUCAAAUAGAAGAUGAAAAGCACAUUUGUUAUGGUUAUUUGAGAUUUCUUUCAUUAUCUUCAUUCUUCAUUAUGCUAAAUUUGCAAGGAAUAGUAGAAGAAAAUAUCACACAAUUCGAUUUUGAAAUAGGAUUACAGUGGGUACCUUCAGAUUCUGACUUAACAGUUAUUAUUAAAGAAUAUUUGUAUUGGAUACAAAUAUCUCAUAAAUUAAAGUUUUCAUAUAAUAAAAAUCAUCACAUUAUGGAAUCUUUAGUUUAUGGAAGUUAUAAUACAGAUAAACCUUUAUACAUACUUUAUCCAAACUGUCGUGUGUUUGAACAACUAGAUAACCUGAAAGAUGAAUCAAUUAUUUCUACUGACAAUUUACUUUCAAAAUUUAGAAAUAAAUUAAAAGAGUUUAUAUUUCAUUCCUAUAAUCCAACUUGCAUAUUGACCUUGCUAAUAUCAAACUGCAAACACAAUCUAACAAGUGAUAUGCUUGCACCUCUAUUUCUACUAUUUAUACCAAUAAUCAAAGACUAUAUUUCCAAACAUUCAUUGCAUGUAGAGGAAAGUAAUAUUAUAUACAACUUUAGUGAUAAAUUUACUAAUAGCCUUGUUGAAGAAUUUUAUAGUAAUAAAAACAAGAUAUUGGGUAUAUUUACUUGCAUAGUCAUAGCAAUGAUAUUGGCUUACAGUGACAAAAAUGAGGAUAAAGCUGAAAUAAUUGGGAAAACAUUUAUAGAUUUAUAUGCUAUAAAAGCUGGUUCAAAAAAAUUUGAUAGUGCUAUAAAGGACAAUGUAUCAGACUUGAUCUUGUCCAUUGUGGAAGGCAUGAGAUAUGCAUUAUAUGGAGCUACUGUUAUUCCAGUUUAUAGGAAUAUUAUUACUAGAGAAAAUAUCAUUAAUAGUAAGAUUUUAGUCGGAAAUUUUGUCAAAUAUAUUGAAGAUCUAUUUACAAUUCAUAAUCUUGGAGGCAAUAAACCACUUCUCAACUAUUUGGCUGCUGAGGAAAUCAAUCAAAUUCUUGAACAGUUAAAGAUAUUAUGUAAAAUAAGAAAUGAUGAAAAUAAUACAAUUUUAAAUUAUUAUGGUAAUCAAGAUAUAUUAAAUGAAGAUGCUAUUAAAUUUCUUGAUCGUAUUGGUAAUUUCCUAGACAAAUUACAAAAAAAGAGUAAAGUAAAUUAUACUAGAAAAAGUCUGGAUUCUCAAAAAAUAUAUCCACCCCCAAAAGUGAUUAAUAAGUCCAGUAAGAAUAAUAAAAGAAGAAGACGAUCAAAGGCAUAUUAUCUUGAAAGUGACGAAGAAAACGAACAAGAUGAAGAUAUUGAGGAUGAAUUUGAAAUAGAGUAA